UACUUUUUGUACUCCUCCUCUCCUGCAUCUCGCCUUUUGUUUAUUCACUUUGUGCGUUGACGCUCCGCACAGGAAGGCCUUCCGUGUCCCUUCAAUGUAUUUUUUCACCCAGCUCCAAAAAUACAGUUUGGACUUUGCCUUCCCUCGUGAAGUAUCUCGUCUCGAUUGAGCCACCUCACUGAUUGUUAUCUGCAUUUGGUUAAGAGUCCAGACACGCCACUCUGCUCCCUGCAUGCAUCCCACUGCAGUAAAGCCCCCCCCCCCCCUCCGCCCCGUCUGCACACGACAUCACUGUGAUUGCUCCUCAACGUCUGUGAGGAGCUGUUCUGGAGUCAGGCCUCUUGUACAGUAUGAACAUAAGCAUGUGGCUCAGCCAUGACUGUGGAAAAAAAAAAGAAAAAAAUUCCAGGGAGGGACAAGGACGGGCUUUUGUGGAGGGGAGGAGCUUGCCGUGGAAACUGCCCUGCCAUUGGCCGGGGGACGUGCUCUGCAUGCCAGCAAGAGUCUGUCUGAUUGGCUGGAGCCGUGCAGUGAGCACAGCAGCUGCAGUUGUGAAAAACUGCACACCCCCCCUUUCUCUCUCUCUGCCAUGUCUCCCUCUUUUUCUACUUCUUCUCCCUUCACACUAAUGACUGUCUGGGAAUCAUCAGUGUGGACCACACACGUGCCCGGCCAGGUUCCACUUCAAGGGCACGGCUUUCUGUAAAGGCACGUUGUAGCCUGAUUCAUUUCAAGUUGGUCAAUUACUUUCUGCUCCGUGGAGCUCAGGGGAGUCGAAGCGACGUCUCCGUCCUGCCUGCAAUCUCCCCUCCAUCCCGUCUCCCUCUCCCUCUCUUGUAUCACUUAAUCAAGACAUAGCUUGCCCUUUCCUGUUCAUUGCCGCCUCCCUCCCUCCCGUGUGCUCUGUUCCGCUAUUUGUUUGCCCUCGCUUUAUUCUCUUUUCCCUUUCCUUGCUCCCGCCUCGUGGUCCUCGUCUCCCUCCGUUCAAACGAGCUCCACGCAAGGACAUGCAGAAGAGAGGCGGGUGAGGAGGAUGACAACAGAAGCAUCUGCAACGGCGAGGAAGGGAUGAAAAAGAGACUGAAAUAAGAGAAGGAAGUGGAACUCCAAAGUGCCUGCUGCGAGGGGGUCGCGUGCCGCUGUUAAUCUGCCGGAUGAGAGCAGGGCUCGGCGUGUGUUCGGCCUUGAACGGAGGCUUUAUUUCAUCCUGACGGCCACCGAGUCAUCCUUCCCACGCCGCCCAGCCGCAGUCGCCACAUCGGCCCCCGAGCCGAGCCGCUGCAAGGACGCCACCCUCUGGAAGGCUUAAUUUUCAAACGUAACCACGGCGACUGCCCCAGCCGCCGGCGAUGUUGCCGUGAAGCCGAAAGGGCGACUCGCGGGCGGACGUCGGUCGAUCCAUCAAAAGGCCUCUGACGCUCGGUGUCAAUGCGCCCGGACUGAUGUCCUCACAGAUCGCUGCAUCGUCACCUCUGAUGGCCGUCAGCAUGACCAUGGGACGGGACACCAAAUGGCUGACCCUGGAAGUGUGUCGCGAGUUUCAGAGGGGCACCUGCUCGCGGUCGGAUGGCGAGUGCAAGUUCGCUCACCCCUCCCGGAGCUGCCACGUGGAGAACGGCCGAGUCAUCGCGUGCUUCGACUCGCUCAAGGGGCGCUGCACCCGGGAGAACUGUAAAUACCUGCACCCACCGCCACACCUGAAAACCCAGCUGGAGAUCAACGGGAGGAACAACCUGAUCCAGCAGAAGGCCACUGCAGCCAUGUUGGCUCAGCAGAUGCAGUUCAUGCUGCCCGGAACGCAGUUGCAGCCUAUUACAACAUUCCCAGUGUCGCCCUCCCUGGCAACGUGCCCCAGUAUGGCGUUCAGUCCAUAUCUGAGCCACAUGGGCCCAGGCAUGGGCUUGAUGCCUGAGUUGCUGCCCAGCACUCCCCUGCUGGUCCCUGGGAGUCCCACCGGCCUGGCUGCCAUGGGCAACGGCACCUCCGGCCAAAAACAUGUGCGCACAGACAAGCUGGAGGUUUGUCGAGAGUUCCAGCGCGGCAAUUGCACGCGGGGCGAGAGCGACUGCCGCUACGCUCACCCUCUGGAGGCCGGCAUGGUGGACUGCAGCGAGAACUCGGUCAUCGUCUGCAUGGACUACAUCAAGGGCCGCUGCAGCCGAGACAAGUGCAAGUACUUCCACCCGCCGGCUCACCUGCAGGCCAGGAUCAAGGCGGCACAGCACCAAGCGAGUCACAGCACAGCGUCGGGCUUGGUUCUCCCUCCGGGCGCCAUGCAGCCGACACCAAAGAGGCCGAUCUUGGAGAAGAGCAACGGAGCCGCCGCCGCCGUCUUCAACCCCAGCAUGUUCCACUACCAGCAGGCGCUGGCCAACAUGCAGCUCCAUCAGCCAGCCUUCAUCUCCACUGUAGACCCCUCCGAGCUUCUGACUCCUGACCCGGUGGAGCUCCAGUGCGUUCCCAUGGAAACCCAUUUCUGUCCUGUCCCCAAACUGCUGGUGGCCGCGCCGGUGAACCUUAACCCAGUAAGCCUUUCCCGAAACCCCAGUUAGAGCCCCCCAAAACCCGUGCGCACCCAGCAGGGCGGUCAUCUUUUCGGAAAGCAGCAAAAAAUGUGCCUCGCCUGCAGCGCACGUCCAACGAGUGUGAAAAGGUUCUGAAACGCAGGAAAGCUGCGAUGGUUCGCGCAAUGCAAGCUUUAAAGAAGCCCCCCCAUGCCCCCCCCCCCUGAAGCAUUAUUGACGUGCUCUGUUCGUACAGCCAUACAUGCCCACACCUUAAGAGAGAAGAAGACAUAGUGCGCACACACGUGGGAGAAAACAUGCCCUUCAUGGGAUGGAGCCAUCUCGUGACCCGACACUUUUGACUCUUCGACGGUCAGAAACUCUGCUGACAAACUUAUUCUGGAGAUUGAGACCAUUCGAGCUGCAAAAAAAAAACAAAAAAAAACGGACCCUGCCGCUGGUCUCCAGCCAGUGAAAGAGGGUUUUCACACCGCGUCACGUUCACGUCUCGGGAUGGCUAUAAAUGGGACAUUUGUGUUGUACCAUGUGAUGCUGUUUGUCCUCACCGUCUCAUCUGGCGCCAACGAGUUGUUCAUUUGUUUGUGCCUUUUUGAUUUGUCUGUUCGGCUGCAGAGGAGACUUACUUUCACCAAUGAUUUUAAAACAGUGAAAGCAUACUUUUUCUUUUCUUUUUUUCAAUUAAAGGCGAUAGCCGUUGUUGUAUACAUUUAUCAAAUAAGAAAAUGUAGGAAUUCCAUUUGCCACAUAAUUUGAAUUCCCCGGUUUCACUGUCCGUAUCUGGUACUGACGGAAUGAUACGUGGAAAUUGUGAAUCCAACAAAAUGAAAGAAAUACAAACCGGUGGAUUGAUAUAAAACAAUCACUUGUGCUCUAGAUGGGCCGAGCAGAGAGAUUUCUAAGAAUCCGGCUUUUCAUUUUGGAUUCAAAGUGCCACAAAACCGUUUGAAUUUGAGUGAGGCAGCAUCCUUAGUGUCUAAUGACCAACAAGGAAGGUUUUGUUUGUCUGGUUUCCUCCGUGAUUUGAUGUCAAAACGUGGCGUUAAAGGAUGACAAUCUACAAGUAGCCCUCACGUCCUCGGCAUCCACCACUAACCGAGACACCGUGUGUUCGUUCAAGUCACCUGAAGUCAUAGAACAGACGAAAUGAUGUUUCAGAGAAUCGGCACAAGAUGGGAGCUGGAUUUGUGUCCUGAAGUUGUGCCUGAAGUUUGCGUGUGCCAGCUGCUGGUUGGUAUCUGCUAGGAGCUACCCCAUGUAAUGCAAUAUUUUAAAAAAAUUUUUAAAAAAGGAUACGUGUUCCUCUCAAACUCAGAGAUGUAUUUUAAAAAGGCCAUUUGUUUGUGUAGUUCUCUCCCUUCGUGCGGCUGGAGCAGGUGGCACAAGAUUUUGAUGCGUUUUUUGAUGGCUCUUCAGGGAGUAAGCUUAGAACUUGAAAAUGUCCCGUCUGACUUUAUAACGUCUCGUCUUUUCUACUGAUGUGUCCUUUAUAUCGAACGUAGUAGGACCGUGAAUAUUGCAUCCGCAGCUGUUAUAACCAGAAUUUAGUUAUGGCGAUUUAUAAAUAAAUCACCUGUUGGAUGUCUAAUGUAUUAUAAAAAAAAGAAGAAGAAAAGAAAAAGUAAGACAAACCGGUUGGACUUUGGUUCUCGAAUGACUGCGAGGAAUCACGUAUAUCCAAAUUCAAAUGUGCCUCUUUUAAGUCUCCUCAAAACCACCACUGUCAAUACACUGUAAGGACAGACUGAAAGGAAGAAGUGUCGCUCGGUUCGUCCCGUCUCUCUCUCCUCGUUUCUUCUCUUGUGGAGAGCUGUGCCGUCUCAUUGUUUGUGUAGAGAAGUAGAUCCGUGACCUGGGUGUGUUGAAAAAGAAGAUGAAUCACAUAUUUGGUUAGUUGCAAAUGAUGCAGAAAUUACAGCAUUUCCCACUGAACAUUAUUCAUUUCAAAUGAUGUUAUCGUGUCGUGAAUGUAUCUAUCGCAAAAACUCUUCACAUGCUCUUUUAAAAAACAGGCAUGUUGAAUUGUAAUUCACUAUAUAUAGACUAUUUCUGAGGUCACAUACAGUAGGUACCGUGCUGAUAAGUGUGUUAAGACAUUAUUCAAGUAUGCGUAUUGUUAUAUAGAUUUAUAUUUAAUGUCAAUGGAUGGUGUGAGUACUUUAAAAAUAUCUUUCACUCUCUGAAAAGGAAGAGCAGAACAGUACUUUUCAAAGGACAGAUUUCCUGAUAAUCAGUUGUUGUACCACCCCCCCCACUUCCCCUCCUUUUGAAGUACCCAAAAUGCAUCUAUAAAUAACGGUAUAAUCACGGAGCAAAAUUGAGAAAAUCAGCAUGCAACCCUUUUGUUUAAGAUGUAUUUUUUUCUUUGCACAAUGACCAUCCAGUAGAGUCUGCUAGUCAGCGAGUAUUUAAUCCCACUCCGGCUUCCCACCCGUUAACAUUGACAACUGUGUUGAUGAGGCAGGGGCUCGGGCCGGAGGGAGGGGGGGGGGGGGGGGGGGGGGGUGGUGAGUGUGAUCGACCUUGGCUCGGUGUGGGCGAGUGACCUCUGGGAGCCUUCGUGUCCGUGUUUUAAACAUGACGCUUUGUACUGGGAGCCAUUUCGUUUACCGUAAAGAUUAGGAACGAACAAACCAGAUAACACUACAACAUGUGACCGUGUACUAAAUGAAUCUGACUGUCUCCUGGUUCAAGGUCCACAUUUACUGCAGAGAUGUGAGAUUGACAUAAAUCAUCUAACCGUCUAAAAGAAAGGAACAACUUACUUUAAAUCUACGUGACGGAUCGAGCGCUUGGAGCGUACAUCUGUAAAGAAAUUUACGUUAUUUGCACCAAAAAUUACUUCUCCUUUUAAGUUGUCUCUUUGUUAUUGAUUGUUAUUGAGUCUUUUCUCCUCCUCGAUGAAGUUGAUGAUUUGAAUGUUCAGACAAUUUAAUUUGUCUUAAUCUUACAGCUUUUAAAGACAAGCUUUGUCCAGCCAAGAACACCCCUCCAUGCAGCCUUUGUCUCCUCCCUCCUUCACUUCAUCAUGCCUUCACUAACUAAUGUCCAGCUGGAAAAAAAACAAACAGAUACUUGAUUAAUAAACUGUGCCUCUUGAGGGCAUUUGAAUAUUUAAAUACAUUAUGACGGAUGUAUUGAUGUACAAGCGUGUGGCACGAAAAAAAAAAUGUUUUAACCCCAUUUCCCUUUCUUCUUCUCUUGUACUUGAUUUCCUUUAGGCCUCACUGUAUUUCUCCCAUACAGCCAUGAAUCAUAACACUGGAAUAUGCAAAACGCUCUGAUCAUUGUGGCCAGUGACCAGAUCCUUUAGCAUGUGGACAGUUUAAGUCCUGAGCAAACUUCUUUUUGCCAGGGCACAAACAAAGGGCCUUAUUUCUAGAUCACUGUAUAAAGAUGUGAUACUUGUGUAUGAAAGUGACAUGUAAUAUUGGUAAGUUAAGCUUUUUUUUAACUGACAUAAAAAACAGCAUGGAAUUUAAAAAGAAACAUAGUUUUUACAUAGUUAAUAGUUUGUGUAGACCAACAAGGAAAAUAUAUAAUGUGAACAUAAUUUGUAUACAAUGAUGGAGUCAUUGUUAAUGGUAAUGGUCACUGUUGCUGUGGCAACAAAAUGACAACAUGGCUACCUUUCUAUUACCGUAAUUGUGAUUUUCCUUUUUUUCACAUUAAUUAAAACAACAUACAUCACUAACUUAUUUAAAAAGGGAAUGUCUAAUUAGUUUGUCUUGUUAAUGCGACGUGAUUCAACAUUUUUUAUGAAAAACUCAAAUCCUUGUAAUACCGAAUGGUCCUUGGGGGAGAUCAGGGGUUUAUUUUGUUUUGUUUAGUCGACCCUCAGUGUUUUUUGUCCUUGUACAUUGAGUUUUUGUGAAAUAAGAAUGAACUUUGGCUUUUAAGGCCAACACCUAUCUGUCAGGAAGGAAAAGAGACUUGUGGACUAAUUGAAAGAUCUUUUUCUUUAAAAAUCAAACGAGUCAGCAGCCCCCGCCGGUCGCCUCUUUCCGACCGGACGGCCCUCGCUCGGUUUUCUCCGAAUGGAGGCUGUGGCUUCACUAUCGAGGUUUCUAAUUUUCAGUUUUGGUCGAGGAUGUGGUUCAGAAGUCUCUUUGUGCCCAGCUGUGCUGGGUGAUGUUGAUCCUUGCUGAGGUGUAUACGAAUGUGUGAUGUUCACCUUGUUUGCACUUAUGUACAUAACUAUGUCAAAAUACUCAAAAUUUAUUUUGAAUAAAAUAUAGAUAAAAGAGUUGAUUAAAAAUCAAAUCAAUUUAUUGUUAAUGAUACAAGUGUCUAUCAUUUAUUUACAGCUUAAAAAGAUUGCUCUGAAGGCUCGGCCCUUCUGUUUGUUUGCCAGAGCCCUGUUCUUUGCCAAGCAUGACAUUGCCUUGCUGUAAACCACAGAGAGUUUGCUUUAAUAACGCUUCUUUUCAGUUGACCAACUGUAAUAUCUGACCCUGACAUUGAACAAGAGAAAAGUUGAUUAGAAUAAGUGGUCAGUUUGGUUUCGUCCACCAGUACUAACCUUGUCCUCUCUUUCCAGAAAUGCACCAAAUUAAAGCGCAGAGUGUCUCCAUGUGCGCGCUGAAUAGAAGCCGGUUAGAGAAGUGAAGCAGGUGAUCCGUUUUGACUACAGAGGGACACGUGUGAGAGAUGUAUUCACGGGAUUAACUUUGCUUUCAUCAUUUUGUAAAAUGGGUUUAUUUUCUCCCUCAAUGUCAUUAUCCAAAACAACAAUAAAUCAGAAUUCUCCUCAGGAUAUUUGUCAAAAUUGCAAAAAAAACUGGUUUUCUAACGUUAUUCUUGCUGCAGCAGCUACAUCCGUACGCAACUGUGUUAUUGCAGAUUUGGACACCUGCUAUUGAAGCCAGCGAUUUUGUUGCCAUGGCACUUGUCCUGGUGGGGGAUUGACUGAGUCAUCCCGGCAAGUCGGUUCCUCUGACCCCACAUGUGGAGUGGACUUAACGUACUGUGUAUUUUCGGACACAAACAAGUGAAUAAGAUUGUGAUUUUGUUUUUGAAAAUGAUUUAAUGUCAUUAUUUAAAACAAAUUAAGUUGUAAUUGUGCCUUUAUCAUGCAAAAUGUAGUUUUUAUUUUACAUUCUACAUUAGUAUUGACUUAAAAGAACACAUGUAUUGUGUGUAAAACAGAUCCCUUUAUUUAAAAUUCUUUGUCGGGUUGGUGAUUCUUUAUUAAAUUGGAUUAAAGUGCAGACUGAAUGGCAACCCAUGGAAGAUGAAGAGGGCCAAAGACUGUUCAGGACUAAGCCAUAUGUAAUACUCUCUCUUGUCCCUCGUGGACAGACUUGAAAGUGACUGCUGUUUCUUAGUUGUCUGUUGUUUCACUCUGUUUUAUGCUUGUGGUGCUUGUAUGUGCUGCUGGCUUCAUGCCAAUUUGUUUUGCAGUGUACGGCUAUUAGGAGUAAGUUAUUGUGCCUAUGAUGAGUUCUGCUAUUUCUGUUUGACCUUUAAUAAAACACAUGAUCGUGA